GUAACCAGACCCCUAGCCUCCGAAGCCCUCAGACUGUUCUGGCCCCUGUUGUGGCUGAGGUUCCCACAUGGGUCAGUGACGAAAGAGCAUCUGGCGGUGGGCCAGAUCACUCCUACUGCUGUUGGAGAGGAAAUUUGGGAGAACCAGAGUGCGGUCCGGGAAUAAACAGAAUGAGAGGAGGGGGCGGGGGGUGAUACUGGCGGGACAAAUCUCAACGGUACGGCAGUUCUGGCCCGACAGCAAGCAUAGACCAUCGGAGCACUCUGUCAUUUUAUGAUAACUUCCCUGGACCUGGAACCACUGACCGCAUCCAAGACGUUUUUGAGAUGGAAUCAAGCUUCCAGGAGCACUUCCAUGAUCACAUGUGGGCACCUGAGAUGGGAACGGAUGAACAGAGCGACCCUUGGUCAGAAAGUAGUUCAGACACCCAGAACCAAGAGAUUGGGAAUGAGCUGGAGCCUGACACGGACUAUGUAUCCUGUGGAUUUGUCGAAAGGAACCAGAUGCUGCAGCUCCAACAGUCUAGUUCACCCCAGCCACACCGCCAGGGGUCAUGGACCCAAAAUGAGGUCCAGCACCCACAGGAGACUCAGUGGGCUCCCAAGGUGCCCCCUCCUCUACCACUCGCCGACCCCUCUGCCAGUGCACUUCGCAGCCUUCUCACCAACCUCCAGCAGCAAAUCGUCAGACAACAUGAAGUGUAUGAGGCCCGGAUUCUCAGCCUAGAGGAGAGAAACAAGGAGCUGCAAGCGGAGGUUGUUCUCUUGAAAACCAACCUGUUACGGCAGCGUCACUGGUACCAAGCAGUGCAAGAAAAAAUAACGCAAUCCGAAAGAGAGCGGGCGGCUGCAGAACGGCGCAACUCAGCAUUGCAGGAAGACAUGGAACAGUUCUUCGACACGUUUGGGGAUCUGAACAACGAGGUGAAGAAGACAGAACGCAUCAUCGGGAGUUUUUGAAGAAAGUAAAGACGGUACUCAACGACUUCAUCAAGAAUAAGAACACAAUAAGAUGCUGUAUAGUACUUUAUCUCUCCCUAGACAGAACACUCCCUUUCCUCUUUUGGGAAAGGUUUCCGUGAUGUAUAAUGAGUACUUCAUGAGGAAUCUGAAAGGUACAGAAAUGAAACCUACGCACGUUUGACGUUUGACAAUUGUAUGAGCUACAUUAGCCGAAUACUUAAUGUUCUCAGGAGAAUUUAGUUAAAAAUCAUAAGCGAAGACAAAAUCCACCUCCACAGAUACUUUCAGUGGUAAUUUGGGUUAGAGCAUAGCAUUUUUAAAACCUUCAUAAAAUAACGUAACUUUUCAAAGCCCCCGAAUGUGUUUGGAUUUUUCCUCAUACUUAUAGCAAGUGUGACAUCCUACUAAAUUCUCCUUGAGAACAGGUUCCUGAAUGAUACUGCAACCUAUGUGAUUGCACGGGACAAGCAAGUAAAACAAUAUGCACAGGUGUUUAGAAGAGAAGAACACAUGACAAAUACGACACAAAGUCGAAAAGGUGACCUGCACAGUUCUCAGGUCAAUCAAGGUAUGAAUGAGAGUGAACGGCUGCAUUUUGAAACAGAGGCAUAGAGCACUGCGUCACCGUUUUAGUCCUCAAGUGAGUCAAUUUCUGCAUAAAGCUUCAAAGUCCAUAUUCAAAAUUUGUCUCCUGGUUGUUUACCAGCCGGGAGUGUUUAAUCCACAUUCCUAUCCUCAUUCAUCCCCCAGGAUCUUUAUGUUUUUAAACUAAGACACAGAAGCCCGCAGUCAAACGAUGUGGAAUAACAUCUUAAUAACCUGCCAAAAACAAUGCCAAAAGAAAACGGAACAUCUGUUGGUGCAUCCUUCAGAACCAAAAAACAUCAAGCAAGGACUUCAAAGAAGUUGUCUUCCUAAUAAAAGGGAAUCGCUAAAUUGAACACUGAACUGUAUUGUUGUUUUACUUCUGUCAUGGAAUGGUAUAGUGAGGGAGUUGCGUGGGCGCUGGUU